AUGACGCACCGCGGCGCUUCGUACCCGCCACCCGCGCCCUCGUCGUCGUCCAUCCUCGCGCUCGAAGCGUCCGGCGCCAACCCCGAGCUCCUGCGCAGCAUGAUGGACUGCGUGGACACGUCCCUCUUCUCGCCCGCGCAACUCGCCAAUUGGUCGCACAUGAAGACGCGACUCGCAGCGAACGCUCCCGACGCGCCGGGGCCGCUCACCAGCAACGAGAACGAGCUCGUGGUGAUCAAGACGGAGGCGCCGCUCGACCGCAGUCAGGGACUUUACUACACCAAUGGCAGUGGGCUGCGGAGUACUGCUACUACUAGUACUGGUAGUAGUAGUAGCGGUGGUAGUCACUCUGGUACCGCUAUGGAGGAGGAGAACCCGGUGGACUUUCGUCCGCUGUUGCACCGGGAAGCCAGUAUUCAGGACGUGCUGGCGUGUCUCUUGGACCAGCAACCGCCAUCGGGGCGACGGCUGAAUGUGGGCAAUAGUUUCCUCGAGACCUCCUCGACCGCAAGCAAGUCCAGUACUGCUAAUACUAGUAUUACUUGUGGGGGGAACGUGGUGGACCCUAAGCCGCCAUCGCUGCAGGAACUACUGAGUGCUAGUGCGUUUUCGUUGACAGAGAAGAAGGAGAGCAUGCGACAGCUGCUGAGUUUCAUUGACAGCUCUUUUGCGAGCAACACGCCCGAGCCCUUGACUCAAGUGUACAAGGACUGUGAAGCUGGGACGUUGCAGCGACUGUCGAGUCUCCAGCUCAUGCGGAGCUUCAUGACGCCGGCGCCGUCGUCGUACACUGGUGGCGCGAGUGCCCAAAGCAGUCGUAGUGGGGGUGGGAUGGGGACUCGCACCACGAGUUUCGAGAUUAUUCAAGCGAUGCUCAAUGCUACGUCGAACCAGGCGAUCCAGAAACCCAUGACCAGUCAAGAUAGUUUUCGCUUUCAGCAUUUAGCACGGACACUCGAGUCGAUUGAGACUGACGUGUCAGUGAUUGACAAUGAAGAUUAUGGCGGCGAUGACGUGGUGCAAGUGGAUAAUCUGGACAAUUUGCUGGAUUAUCAUGGUGCAAAUGGGAGCAAUGGGGCACCGACGUCGGGUGCGACGAACGCUGGGUUUGCUGGUGGGACGCAACCACAGGUGAACCCGUCGCGCACCAUCUAUUCGGAGAUGAACUCGAAGGCAUCGAGCAAUGGCUCGACGUUUUCGACGUUUGGGCAGAGUCUUAGUCAUCAGCAACACACUGGCUACAAUGCUGGGACGUCUUCAUCAUCGGGCGGGUUGCCCACGAUUGAUAUGAUGAACCAGCAGCAACAGAAUCUGCCGUACCAUCAACAACAACAGCACCAGCAGCACCAGUUGCUUGUGCAGCAACAGUUACUUCGUCAAGAGCAGGAACAGAAACAGCAGCACCAGUACAACCGAUUGUACCACAAUUCGCUGCUGCAGCAGCAACAGCGAAGUGGAGUGAUGAUGUCGGCACCGGGAUACGGCGGCACGAACCAGCCGAUGCCGCAGUUUCCGAAUAUGCUCAUGCAGCCUGGCGGUGACAUGCUGUCGCAUAAGCAGCAGAUUAUGCGUAGUGGGCACCCACAGCAACAGAUGCGGCUAUCGACACAGGGUGGCAGGCCGAUUAGGACGGACGCGAAUGGAAUACCGUUAUGCUCAGCGCUGGGAUGCAACCACACGGCACGCAUUAAGGGUAUGUGCAAGUUACACGGCGGUGGUCGACGAUGCAAAGUCGAUGGAUGCAUGAAGAGUGCACAGACUGGUCAUUUGUGCAUUGCACAUGGUGGCGGCAAGCCGUGCAGUGUGGAGGGCUGUCCGAAGACAGCACAGUCGCGGGGUUUGUGCAAGCAGCAUGGUGGUGGUGUACGGUGCAAGUUUGAGGGCUGCACCAAGAGCUGCCAGUCAGGCGGUUUCUGCCGCGGCCAUGGCGGUGGCAAGCGGUGCGAAUACCCUAGUUGCACCAAGUGGGCUCAGAAGAAUGGUCACUGCGCUAAGCACGCCCAGGAGAUUGCUUCGCAGCAUCUACAGCAGCAGCAAGCGUUGCAGACUCAGAUGCAGCAGAAACAGCUUGUGCGUCCUUGA